CUCCCCUUCUUUUCUCUUUCGCUCCGAGACUUUGAUCUUGCUGAACCUGGCCCUGGCUCUGGCUCUCACCCGAUGACAGCAACGCCAUUGCGGAAUUGUGCAUGUCUACGGAUACCUUUCAAUCGAGCGGAGUCCACUAACCAGUAGUAAAGUUGCUGCUGCCACAAGUCCCUCCCCCCCCCACACCCCGAUGAGUACGAACAACGGGUGUGGGUGUCUUGUCGAUUAUCGUUUCUUAUCAUCCUGGGUAAAACGCCCUACGCGCCGGAAAAAAGGCACUGCUGGGGACCCUGUCUAGAUCGUGCCCAUCUCGUGGCUGCUUGGGCUUUGGUCUGCAUGGCGAUCUUACUCUGCAAGGUAGAUCGGAGCCAUCUCAGAUUCCGGGCCAUCAGCCCGUGUGGUCGUGACUUCUGUUUGUUGGAUUUAUUCCCUCAGCCAACUUGAUCCUGAACUUCCAUGCCUCGUCCCAGACGGCCCGGCGCCCCAGAGCCGAAACGUCGAUCACGUAAGGGCUGCUGGCCGUGUAAAGCCCGCAAGGUAAAAUGUGGGGAAGAGAAGCCGUCGUGCCUUAAUUGCCGACGCCAAAAUGAACCGUGUGACUAUAGCAUCAGGUUGAACUGGGGCGGGAGGACAAGAAGGAAAUCUUCAGUAGACUCCCCAAGCUCCCAGUCCAGUAGUCCAUCGGGCCAUUAUUUCUCCUUCGCACUGUCGCCGCCGAACCAACCUCAGUCAGAUCCCCUGAGUUCAGCCCACUCACUCAGGCCCCUUCCAACCCGAGAUGAGAUUCCGGUGCAGGAUCAGACCACAGGAAAUUUGAUAUGGGAUAUCGGGCUUACAGGGGAAUUGGCAAUAGGAACAUCCACAUCCAGUCCUAAAGGGUUACAAGAUAUUCACCGUGAAUCUCCGGCUGCCUAUGGCCAGUCUCUUAAAGAAUCCAACCGUACAAAAGAGAAGACCUCUGUAGACAUGGGGGCACUGUCACAAGAACAAGAUGUGACAGCCUCGUGGCCAGACCUGUCCUCCCACAUAGGAACGCCGUCGUCGAAUGACACCAUCCUCGCCUUCUCCUCGGUCCCCCAUUCAUCGGAUGGAAUCUCCUACCCUUCCCCGGCGGAUACAAACUCGAGCAUCGGUCCGUUCGCUACUUUCAGCUUCUCGCCCGUCCCGAUAUCGCGUCCCAUCUCGUUCCUUCGGCAUAGUUCGGGCCAGCACCGGUCGCCGCCGGAGCCCUUGCCUGAUCAUCGCCAUGAUUUCUCUAGCUAUCCUUCGUCUAAUAUGACGGCUGUUUAUGCAGACUAUAAUCCCCAGGUUGCUUCAUCUGUUCGGGAGGUUGCAUCUCCUCAUUCAAUGGAGGUAGGACUGCACUCAUCAAGAGCACCCCACGAUCUCUCGACACUGCAGACCAGUCCAGUCGUUCCUACACAAAGCUUCUUUAACAAAAUCAUGAACACCCCUUCGCCCCCUGAUAGCCAGCUUGAUGGACCACAGUCCGACGGAGAAACAGCAUUCCACACGUCGAGCUCGGACCUAUUGGAAUCGGUUGACACUUCCAUGUCGGAGAAAAGGUGGCAGGCCUACCUGACAAGUGUCACAGACAAUUACGGCCUGGACUGCGGCCGCCCCGAUUUGGAUUUGAAUAAGAACGACGACCAUUCCGCCAUCGACAUAAAUUACGCCCUCGAUUUGAUUAGCUUCGAGAUGACGACACAUUCCCCUCCCAGCCCCGGACAUCAGCGGACUGACAAUGCGGCGGAUCACAGCUUUGACCGCAGGAAGCACGCUUACUACUCAUCGCCAGUGCCAAUCAAUAUUCCACGCUAUCUCUCGCCGUUGCCACCAUCCCUGGUGAAAACCCCCAUCAACUUGAUGUACUUUCACCACUUCCUCAAUCAUACAGCCCGGAUGCUGGUCCCGCAUGAUUGCAGGGAUAAUCCAUUUAUUUCCGUAUUGCCCACCAUGGCCAUUGGCGAUUCUGACCUCUUGAACUUGAUGCUCGCAUACUCAGCAAGUCAUCGAGCCCGAUAUUUGGGGCACCCAGAGCCCGCCACCCGGAUCGCGCAUUGGGUGAGCAACGUUUUCCCUGCUCUGCGCCUGGCGCUGGAGGGCCCCCACGAAAAGGUCACCGACAAUCACCUUGCAACCGCCAUUAUGCUCCUUUCCCUAAAGAUCAUCUCCCCCAGCACAUUCGAAGUGCCAAUCCUUUGGCAGAGUCAUCUAAAGCUAGCCCGUGAUCUGUUCCUUGCACGAAAGGAACAGAUAGCACGUCCGGGAAAUCGGGUAGGCGCUUUUCUCACUCGCUGGCUCGGUUAUCUGGAUCUUAUGGGAGCACUGUCUUGUCGGCAAAGCGGGCCACCGCUACUCAUGUAUGAUUCGGUAUUGAGAGCCUGCUCCCCCAGGGGAACUCACGAUGAAUUCUGCAUUGACUGUUUUACGGGCUUUACUCCCCGGACAGGAUCCUUCCUCACAAGACUGGGACGGCUGGUUUAUCGAUGUGAUACAGAGCGGUUUGACGAGACAGGAGCUUUUAUCUCCGACUGGGAACCUUCACCGGAUGCUAUUUUUGAAGCCGAAGCAUUGAUGGCAGAUCUAAACACCUUGGACGAACACGUUCAUGCCGACGCCACACACUUCCAGGACUGGGGUGCGCUGGACUUUCUCGCCAUUGACCGGGCGUUUCGCUGUGCAGGGCUUUUGCAUCUUCAUCGCCGUGUGCUAAACACAUCACCAUGUUCUGAGGCCGUGAGGGAGGCAUCCAAUGAGCUCUUCAACACGAUGGUUGAUGUUCGACGGGGGGCGUCUGCCGAGGUUGGAGCUUUAUUUCCAUUGUUCACAGCGGGCUGCGAGAUCCGGGAUCCUCAGAAACGAGCGGAGAUCCAGGAACGGUUCGAAAUUCUCGAACGGACGGGAAUGAAACAGAUGCAGAAUGCUCGUACGUUGAUGCAGCGCUGCUGGGCCGAAGAUCUACCAUGGAUUGCGCUGGCCCAAGGCGAAUUCUUAGGGUAGCCUACAGGUGGCUUUCUGGUCUUGACAUACUUGGCUUUGGGGGUUGUAACAGGGGCUGCCUUUGGCUGUGGGUGGGAUGGCUUUCCGGGUGCACGGGUUCAAAAACCGCUCACGACAGCAGUCUGUAUACUUUGAGUCUUUGACAAGUUCUUUGUUGUUGACUUUAUGUCUAGUGACCACAGAUGGUCCUGUCAUGGUAAUCCCUGUUGGCCAAGCAGGGGCCUUCUUUGUUUCUCAUGUAUCUAAGUGACUGAGAGAUUAUUUGAAUGAAGACACAGGAAUGCUCUCAC